AUGACUUCCAUCCCAGAAAACUUCGGGUCUGGGACGCUGUCAAAGAAGCGCCUGCCCGACGAGUCCGACUCCGGCCCCGCCAGACAUACCACGUCUUGGAAAGGCCUAAACAACACGGGAAUGUGGCUCACGUCAUUACGCUCAACCAUAUCGCGUACCAGCGGGAACACAACCACGAAGGCUUCGCGACAUACUGCCAUCAGGUCUCCGAGAACCCAGGAGGCCGAGCGCCCUGCCAGCCCCGACCUCUUCCGGGGGGGCGUCACAGUAACCAGCGAGGCUGCUCCCCAAGCGGAUAAAUCUGCUCCGCCGGCGAUCGCGCCGGAGAUCCUGGAGAACAAGCGGCUGUGCGAGGAGCCGUGCUUCGACGCCGGCAGAUUGCUAGUCACGGGCCGCGAGCUGCUGAAGGGGGUUGGCUUGGCGCCCACCAAGUGGAAGGAGUUUUGA